UCAGACUGGACAUCACCAUGAAGGCUCUAGUGUUCCUGACUUUGCUUGGAGCUGCUUUUGUUGCAGCCGAGGAUGAGAAGGUUGUAGGAGGGUACGAGUGUCCCAGACACUCCGUUCCCUACCAGGUUUCUCUGAAUGCUGGUUACCACUUCUGCGGUGGAUCUCUCAUCUCCAGCCAGUGGGUGGUUUCUGCUGCUCACUGCCACAUGUCUCGCGUCCAGGUGCGUCUGGGAGAGCACAACAUCGCUGCAAAUGAGGGUACGGAGCAGUGGAUUAAUGCUGCCAUGCUGAUCAUGCACCCUCAGUACAACAGCUACACCCUGGACAACGACAUCAUGCUGAUCAAACUGAGCCAGCCUGCCGCCCUCAACAGCUACGUCCAGACCGUGUCCCUGCCCUCUCGCUGCCCCGUGGCUGACGAGAACUGCCUGGUGUCCGGCUGGGGCAACACGUCUGCCAACGGCGACUACUUCCCUGAUCGGCUCCAGUGCCUGAGACAGCCCAUCAUCGACGACAGGAUCUGCAGGAACGCCUACCCUCACCUGUUCACCCAGAACAUGAUCUGCUCUGGAUUCAUGCAGGGAGGUGCCAGCAGCUGCCAGGGCGACUCUGGUGGCCCUCUGGUGUGCAGCGGUCAGCUGCAGGGAGUCGUGUCCUGGGGUUAUGACUGUGCCAUGCAGGGACACCCCAGCGUCUACGCCCGCGUGUGCAACUACACCAGCUGGAUCAGGACCACCAUGGGCUCCUACUAAACACAUCUAUACUGUACAAUGACAUCAGUGUACAUACUAGUUAAGAUGUCUGAUGGUUAACAGAUAUGUGUCCCGUCACUGAAGCGCUGGGCAAAAUAAUAAAAAAUCUCUUUGGACUCA